CUCUUAACUAAUGGCUGAAACUUCCGAUCAAUCACGCCCCCUCGCCGGCGCCUCCGACCGCCCAACCAGCAGCGACGACGAGGAAUCCGCACUCACCGGAAUCCGCCGCAAGCGCUGCGUCAAGUGCUUCACCUGCGUCGCCGCGCUCCUUCUCAUCCAAGCAAUCGUCAUCGUCGUCCUAAUCUUCACAGUCUUCAAAGUCAAGGAUCCAAUCAUCCGCAUGAACAGAGUCACCGUCACGAAGCUCGACCUGGUCGCCGGAACCACCACUCCGCGUCCUGGCGCGAACAUGACUCUAAUCGCCGACGUCUCCGUGAAGAAUCCGAACUACGCCUCGUUCCGGUACCAGAACACCACAACGGCCCUGUACUACCACGGAUCUGUGAUCGGCGAGGCGCGCGGUCCGCCGGGGAGAGCGAGAGCGCGCCGGACGAUGAGGAUGAACAUAACCGUCGACGUGAUGACGGAUCGAGUACUCGCGAACUCCGAUUUCGCGUCUGAUCUCACCUCUGGCCUCCUAACUAUGAGCAGUUACACAGAGGUCGCAGGGCGCGUGAAAAUGGUGGUCGUCAAAAAGCACGUGACGGUGAAGAUGAACUGCACCGUGACCGUCAACAUGACGACUCAGGCGAUUCAGGAACAGAGGUGCAAACGCAAGGUGAAACUCUAGAAUGUUCCAUUUCUACCGUAUCUAUACGUACAGAAUACUGUACGUAUUUUUUGGUUCUGCCUCUGUUAAUUAUUACUGCUUGCUUUACUGUUAGUUUUCUAGUGUUUAGUGUUGCAUAAUUAUAGUGUGUGAUUUUUCCGUUGAUAUGUUUGUCUGUAUAAAUAAAUUAAAUUAAGUUUUAGGAUUAUUUCAAUUUUGGUUCAAUUUAUAGUAAUAUAAAAUAGAUAUGAUCCAAUAAAUUGAGAAAAAAGGAAAUGUAGCUACAUAUAUGUGCAGUGUAGUGCAUUGCAGUC